AUGCUGGGAGCUUGUGCCUUGGAUUUUUCUAGAAACUGGGAGCAGCACUUGCCGUUGGUGGAGUUUGCUUACAACAACAGCUACCAGACCGCUCAGAGCCGACGAAAAAGUUACACUGAUAAGAGGAGGCAACCGCUAUCCUUUGAAGUAGGAGACCAUGCGUUCCUGAAGAUCAGAUCGAAGAAAGGAGUUAUCAGAUUUGGGAAGAAGGGGAAGCUGUCUCCAUGCUACAUCGGACCCUUCGACAUUUUGGAGAAGAUUAGAAAGGUUGCGUAUCAUUUAGCACUGCCGCCUCAGCUAGAUAGAGUACAUAACGUGUUCCAUGUUUCAAUGCUUCGCAAGUAUCUCGCAUUGCUCACACAUGUCCUCAACUGGAAAGACAUCACCUUGGACGAAGAUGUAACAUACGAAGAGGAACAAAUAGAGAUUCAGGACCGAAGUGAGAAGAUCAUCCAAAACAAGACGAUCAAGCUGGUUUUAAGGGUAUGGGGUUCAUCAGGCAUUUAUAUCAAACAAUGGAGUCCACUUCAAAGGCCGAGCAAAGGACGUUUUGGAGGAGUUUCAAAUCCAAGUGCACAAGUCAACGGUUUACCGACCACAAACCAGUGGAGCGGUAGAAGUAGCAAACAAAAUGGUCAAAACAAUUCUGGAAAAGACCAUCCAGUCCGCAAGGAAUUGGCAUGA